AUGGGUUCUAAUGGGACCUCUUCAGCUCAGAAGCGAACAUCGAGCGCGCUUCCGACUACCGUCUCUGCCAUGAACGGCGCCGCCCCCGCCUCGGCCUUUCCCCGUGGAGGCAGAUCCACAAAUCCUGCAACCAAUCAAGAUCACAAUCCUCUGUGGCUUCGUCACCAUCCUCGCCUCCAACGAAGCCCAUGUCGAGAACCAACACCUCAUCGAGAAAACGAAUCGGAUUUUUGCCAUGGAGUGAGAAAACAAAUCGGAUUUUUCGCCAUGGAUGAGCAGAGACGUAUCAGUUUAUUUUAA